AGAGCGAGGGUGGGACUCGUCGCAGCAGAGCCCGCCGCGGGCCCCUGACGGUCGAGCCUCCCGUUGGUCGCCGGCCCGGCCCAGCCCCAGCUCCGCUCCCUCUCGCUCCCUCAGUGCAUUCGAUGGCGAUCAUGGCCGCCGAGGAGGUGGCGCCCGGCGAGGUGGAGGGCGAGGCGGGCGGCCUCCUGCAGGAGAUCUUCACGUCCCCUCUCAACCUGCUGCUGCUCGGCCUCUGCUUCUUCCUGCUCUACAAGAUCGUGCGUGGCGAGCAGCCCCCGACCGCCGGCUCCGGCGACGGCGACGAGCCGCCCGCGCUACCCCGCCUCAAGCGGCGAGAUUUCACCCUGGCUCAGCUGCGCCGCUUCGACGGCAUCCAGGACCCGCGCAUUCUGAUGGCCAUCAACGGCAAGGUCUUCGACGUGACCAAGGGCAGGAAGUUCUACGGUCCGGAGGGUCCAUAUGGAGUCUUUGCUGGUCGGGAUGCUUCCCGGGGCCUUGCCACUUUCUGCUUGGAUAAGGAAGCUUUGAAAGAUGAGUAUGAUGAUCUGUCAGACCUCAAUGCUACUCAGCAGGAGACCUUGAAAGACUGGGAAUCGCAGUUCACAUUUAAGUAUCACUACGUGGGCAAGCUGCUGAAGGAAGGGGAGGAGCCCACCGUCUACUCGGAUGACGAAGAAGGUCCCCAGGAUGCCAGGGAGCGAAAGAAUGACUAGAGGCUACGUGGAUGAGAUCUAUUUUUGUAUGUCCCAGCAUCAUUUGUAAUUUCCUCUCGUCUCACCCUAGUCGGCUUUAAGUCCAGCCUUAGCAAAGCUUUGGAUGUGUUGUUAAUUGUUUUUUAAUCAUAUGAAAUUCACUAGUUACCUUGAUCACUUUAGCUCUCCCCAUCUUAGACAAUGCAUGAUAAACUUUAGAGAACCCCAAAGUAGAGCACUUACAGAAAGUGAAAAAAAUGGUAAUCCUGUUAUAUUGUUAUUGUUGUUGUUGUUGUUGUUGUAAUUGUUGAAACUCAUAGCAUAAUGUAGACCGAAGAGCUUUUUAGUGCCAGGUGAGAAUGUGCUUUUGAGGAGAGGUUGAUACCAAAGCAACCAGAAGGACCCCUUGCAAAACAACUCUCACAUACCCACCAGUAAGAGCCCCUUUCAAGCGUGAUCUCGAGACAGCAAACAUCCCAUUUUCCAAUUAGACAGACUGCACGAUUUCGGUUUUCUCUACUUCCAAAGCCAAUCUGCAGUGUUACAAAGGUUUUAAUAUUGCUCCGAGGUGGCCACCUAGGACCAGAAGGAAGCUUCAAAGCUUGGCUCUCCUUUCACUGUGCCAUCCAGACUGAAAGGGAAUCCAUGUGAAAUGUUGUUAAUUAACUCUUAGUGGGGAGCAGGGAUUACUCCUUAAGCUUCCUGUUUCUCUCCCUUUAUUGGACCAUUUUAAAGAAUUCUUAAGAACAAAUCUUAACAUUCCCGUGCCCAGCAGAAGAGAAUGGGACAAGUCCUUUCUUCAGCAACAAGUUCAUUUAGAAACAGCUUGUUAGUGGCUUUCUAGACUCUCCCGGGCAAGCAGCUAACAAAGUCCCCACUCAUGAAUACUCAACAAAAUGACAGGAAUGGUUCCCUGAGCCCCGUUGCCACGGCCCAUGUUCUCAGUCCACUUCUUUCUCAGCCUGGGAAAAAAAAAAUACUCCUAGUAAAAGAGGCCAACCUUGAAGGUAGAUUUCCUGCCUCUUCUUUUAAACAGAAUAAGAAAAAAGUGGCUUUUUUCUGUAGUUUUAAGAAAAAAAAUUAAUUUUGAGUAUGGUCCCUCAUUGUCAGUCACACCAUUUAGGAUUGGAUGCUCAUUAUCCACUUCAAAAUGGUCACUCAGAAAACUCAUUUUCAGAUUUUGAAUAUUCAUCGUGUCUCAAAAGCACUCAUUUCACCAGGAAGACAAAUCAUCGAGUACACAGAGGUUAAUAAAAUGGAGAAGGAAAAUUUAGGCAAGCUUUGGAGGGGAGGGAGAGGGAGCUUUUCAAUAUAAUCUAGAUUGUUGGGCUUUCAUGAAGCAGUGAAGGAAAGUUUUUUGGGAGCCCUAAUGGAUGUUGAACUGAAGGCAAUUGGAGGGAUGGUACGCGCAGACCCUGAGCACUAAGAAACCCAUGAGUUUUUUGGGAAAAAAAAAGUUUUUUGUUUUGUUUUUUUCUCCCCACACAAUAAGGCCUCCAAGCACUUGUGCCCAUGUGAUCCUAGAUCAGUCACUUAAUCUCUUGAUGCUGCAGGCAACCCUAUAAGUAUCAAUUGCAAAGAAGGUAUAGACCUGUAUUGAUAAAGAGGGGGUUUAGCCCCCAGUUUGGAUGUUUCUUUUCUAAACUCGAUGCCACAAUUCCCCAAAGUAGAAAGCGAGCCCAAGCAUUCUGCCCAGUGCUCCUGGAGUCUCCCUGCCCCUCGCCGCAGAGCGCUGCCUCUGAUGGUAAAUUCUCCUAAAAUGCUGUCAUCUUCUAGGUAUUGGUGGGCCACUAUCCUAACCGUGGUAGUGCCUCCAAUGGGUGUCCAAUGGAGACCUCCCUCCAUGGAUUAACCUUUUCCUUUUCAGUUUACUGCCCGUAUUCACAAAGCCCCAGCCCUCUCAGGUGUCAGACACAAAGGAAUUGGAUUGUCAUUUUAGAAACCAUUGUGUCGUUCCAAAUGCUACCACUUUCUUAGAGUAUCAGCAGUGAAUGAAUUUGAUGUUCUGGGGAAAACUAUCAUUUCUCUCACAGUGCCUUUUGGUCAAGGGUACCCUUAGACUGGAUAUAAGGAGGUUGGUUCAUGCUUUCAGGAGUCCCAGAAAAAAAUCAAUUCUCUUACCCAAGGUCUCCCCCGUGAGUGAGGCAGAACUGGGACUCCAGCCCUACCAGUCUUUCAAGCCCCAGUCAUCUGUUCUUCGCUCUGCAGGAAGUAGAGACAUACCUUUCUGUUCAUCACCCAUGAGUAAGAGCACACACUACUAACCGGGACUUUAAAAUACACUCUUUGGACUAUACUUGUAGUUCUUUGAUCACAGAAAAAGUACAGCCACUGGAAAAAAAAUGAGAAAACAAAAACAAAAAACCCAGGUGUGGGGAGGAAAAAAAAAAGUUCUGGGGACAAAAGGCCUUCGGAAAAACAUGUCACCUUACAGAGGCAGCCGGCCCGCCGGGGUGGGGGAGGGAAUUUGCUCUAGUGGAGUUCUCGACACCGAUCAAAUCCCAGGUCUGGACCGAAAGCAAAGCACACACCUGAAGCGUGGGGAAGGGGCACUUGUCAAAGCAUUGCAUGAGCAGCUUCAAGUGACCGAAGCAAGCUGGUUUUCUUAAAGCCAUUUACUUUUGUCAAUUGUGUAAUGGUUUUACCUCAAAUCAGAAUGAAGUGCUAUUGUCAUUAAAUAAAAUGGCUCGAUGUGGUACUACAGCUCUUCAAA